GAAGAACAGAGGCUGGAGAGUCGGCAGCAGAUCUUGCUGCCAACAUGCUGUAGAAACAGGAGAACAGAGUGGCAUCCCCGAGUAAACACUGCCAUGGGAUGAGCUUGUGACCUACUGGGGUGUCAAUAAUGGAGGAUUCACUGACCAGAAGCUCAAACCAAGCAACAGAUCACAACCUGCAAGUGUCACCCAAUCCGCUGGAAUCUGAACAUCAGCAGACUUUGUACAUGGAAGCAGAAAGCUCCACUGACAGUGGAGAGAAAUGGUCAACGUGUUCUGAGUGUGAACAAGACUUCAGUCAAGCAUCCACACUGACGAGACACGAGAUCAGUCACUCUGGGGAGAAACCGUGGAAGUGUGAGGACUGUGGGAAAAGAUUCAUUUCUCCUUCCCAUCUGGAAACUCACCACCGAAGUCACACUGGUGAGAGGCCGUUCACCUGCUCUGAAUGUGGGAAGGGAUUCACUCAGUGUUCCGACCUGCAAAAACACCAGCGAAUUCACAGUGGAGAGAAGUCAUUUAUCUGCUCUGAGUGUGGGAAAGGAUUUAUUCGUUCGGAUAGUCUGGUGAUACACCAGCGAGUUCACACUGGGGAGAAGCCAUUCACAUGCUCUGUGUGUGGGAAAGGAUUCACCCAGUCAUCCAACCUAAAAACUCACAGCCGAAGUCACACCGGGGAGAAGCCCUUCACGUGCUCAGUGUGUGGGAAAGGAUUCACCCAGUCAUCCAACCUAAAAACUCACCAACGUGAUCACACUGGGGAGAGGCUGUUCACCUGCUCUGAGUGUGGGAAGGCAUUCAUUCGGUCAGGAAGCCUGGUGAUACACCAGCGAGUUCACACUGGAGAAAAACCAUUUACCUGCCUUGAGUGCGGGAAGUGUUUCACACGGUCUGACAAAUUAAUGGCGCACCAGCGCGUUCACACUGGAAAAUGGCCAUUCACCUGCUCUGAGUGUGGGAAGGGAUUCAGUCGGUCAGACAUCCUGGUGAUACACCAGCGAGUUCACACUGGGGAGAGGCCGUUCACAUGCUCUGUUUGUGGGAAGGGAUUUACCCAGUCAUCUAACCUAAAAACACACCAGCGAGUUCACACUGGGGAGAGGCCGUUCACCUGCUCUGAGUGUGGGAAGGGAUUCUCCCAGUCUUCCCACCUGAAGAAUCAUCAGCGAGUUCACAUUACAGAAUGAACAUUCAUCUAUCCUGUGUGUGGGAAGGGAUUCAAUGAACAAUCCAGUCUGUGGAGUCACCAGUAAGGUGACACUGAGGUGAUGCCAUUCACCGGCUGGGAGUGUGGGAAGGAGCUCAGUCUGCAGAAUCACCGGUGAGUCGAUGAGUGACUGCAGAAGCUGGAUAUUUCUGUCGUUGCUACUUAUGAUAUCCAGGAUUUGACCAUGGUCAUUGUCCUGGUCUGGGUUCAUUCUGCUGAUGUUUACAGCCCAUGAUUAGAGUUUAUUCUUGACAAAUCAAGAAUAUAUCACCUUGAUCUUUAAUACCCAGUCUAUUUCCUGCAUAUCUGAUAUUUAAAGGAUAAUUUAAUUGAAGAUUUUAUAACAAAGGUAGUGUGGGAGAUAAGUCUGCUGGAGCAAGCACCAGGGAAUCAGAUUUUUUGUGAAUGAUGUGGUAAAAGGCUGCAAUAAUUUUUCAGGUAGAAAUUUGAUGCUGGGUGAAUUUGUUAAGCAAGGGAUAUGGGGUGAUGGUUGUUAUUUGGAGCUGGGUCACAAGUUGGCCGUCAUGGCACUGAAUGAAAGGAUAGGCUGGAACUGCUCCCACCUCCCUUAGCAUGCAGGUGAAGCAUCUGUCAAAGAGCAGCAGAUGUUGCUUACGCUAGAGUCAUGGCGGCCAUAAGUACCCAGAAACCUCUCAGCAAAGAAAGCUACCUAUCAUGGUCAAAGGAUGGGAGAAUACAUGCAUGGAUACCAGAGACUGGAUGUGAUGUCAGACCAUGCAAGGCAUUGUACAGCCACACACGUUCCUCCCUAUUGGGCAGCAGUGGGUAGGUCAGUGGCACCGCAUGGGUUUAAUAGAUUUCAGCACUGGUAGUCUUUGUGUUCCCGCCUAGCAGCUAUCUCAAUCUUUCUCCUUUUUGUUCGCCUUGAUCUAUCAUGCACCAGCCUCUGUCUCCCUUUCCUAUAUGGUUCAAUCUGUCUGGCAGCAUUGACCCACCCCUCAGGUUAUCACUUCCCUCUACUCUCCAUUCCCAUUUUCCUCAGACCAUUGAUCCAGGUCCCUGAGAACAAACUAGUACAUCUUCACUGGAUAAACUGUUCCACAUGUGUCAUGAAUUCACAAUGUCUUCUGAACCACUGGGACAGCAACUAGAUCAAAUGAGGGAGAAAUCAUUCAUUUGCUUACUGUGUGGAAAGGAUUCACCUGGUCGUCCCACCUACUGACAUACCAGCGAGUUCACACUGGGCUCCAAAUGUGGGAAGGGAUUCACUCAAUUAUCCAGCCUUUGGAACAUCAGUGAGUUCACAGCAGACUGAGCCCAUUCACCUGCACUGAAUGUGGAAACUUGCUCACUCGGUCACCCCACUUGCUGACUUAACAGCAAGUUCACAUUGGAGAGAGGCUGUUUGCCUGUUCCGUGUGUGCGAGAGGAUUCACUAAGUCAUCUCACUUGCUGAAUCAUCAGAAAAUUCACACUGGAGUGAAUCAUAAACACAAGAGAAUCUGCAGUUGCUGGAAAUCCAGCGUAACAUAUACAAUAUGCUGCUUGAGCAACUCAGCAGGCCAGGCAGCAUCUAUGGAAAGGAAUAAACAGUCGGUGUUUCGUGCCGAAACACUUCAUCAGAACUUUGGAGCGAGUCAACUCAGAACACUGGAGCCAGGCCUUCCAUCUGCUCCAAGUGUGGAAGGGAUUCACCCAACAAUCCAACCUGCUAAAUCACCAGCAGGUUCACACUGGUGGGAGGCUGUCCACCAUAUCUGAAUGUGGGAGGAGAUUUGCUCAGUCAAGGGAGCUCACAUGGCAGAGAGGCUGUUCACUUGCUCGGUGUGAGAAGAGAUUUAUUCAGUCUUCCAAUCUGCUGAGACACUGAGUUCACACUGAUCAAAAUACAGGGUACAUUACCAUUGCAUCUGCUAAAAUGAAGGGUCACAGAGGAGAGCAGGCAUUAUAUUCCACAAUUAUUUAUGGUGGUCAAUACACACUGGGUUUUGUAGGUAGUUUUGUAUUUAUGCUGAU